AUGGAGCGACCCUGUAUUGCGAAGGCGAUACUCGAUGCACUUGGUUCCAACUUCUGAAGAGGACACGUCUUCCGUUAGAAGAUCAAGGUCAUCAUCGCCACUCCUCAACACGUUGCAUGCGUCUGUCGCUCAACUGGAUCCGCAGAUUGCAUGCUUGUCUUGUCGCAACCAUUAUAAAAAACAAAAAUCUUCAAAGAGUCACUUUUCGGUAAACAGUUGAAAGGCAAUAUUUGAGGAUAAUUUUUAAUCAUUCAAGUUGUUGAAAUUGGUAAAAAUAUUUUUAGUCAAUUAACAGAAAUCGAAUGGUACGAGAGACGGAUCUCAGCGGAUGCGAGAGAGUCUGGAAAUACAGUUGGUCGGUAGCCAGGUGGAGGAAGCUUUGUCUAGUGAUAAGCAAACGGCGCUACUUGGACAUCUCGAACUUGCCACCGACGCUCUCGAGGCUCUGAUGCAGCACAUUAGCUCUUUGCAAGUGUCUCAUGUCUCGGCACAGCGAGCCUUUCACCUAGUUCAUCGGUUGAUCCUACCCCAAUCCUCCCCAAUGAUCAAUUGCAGAAACUCCGUUUCUGCCGAUUUAACAACUCGACUUAGGCAGGCCGAAUCUUGCAAGGAUAAUAAUCUGCGUUUACUCUGCGACGCGAUGGAGAAUUGCUCUAAAAAUAUAGGGGUAUCCAAACAGCUGCAGUCUCUUAUAGACGAUCAUAAAAUGAAGAAGAAAGACUUUGCCGUCGCUGCUAGGAACUUUAAAAAUUUGUUGGAUAAUUCUAAACUGACUCUGUCUCAAAUGGACAAGCUUCAAUGGCAAUACCAAGCCAUAAUGGAUGAUUAUAAACAAAAUAGGAGAAUUUUGGAGUCGCAGCUACCCAGCAUUAUCAAGAUUCGUCUAGGUGCUAUUGUACAAGGUUUCUCUACGAUAGCUGCAUUCUACGAAGACACGGAGUACUUCAAACAGGUUUCAGAAUUGCUGAAAAUACUAGGUGAAACGCUGUGCCAGGAUGAGUCUGCCACAGAUAAUCAUCAUAAAUAUGCGAAAUCUCAAGUUCAAGAAAUGUGUCAAAAGUGUAAGGCUUCGGAAAAUCUAGUUUGUCUAAUAGGAUCAUUUGCGCUCCUCGUCGGCCCCCACAACUCCGCCGGAUAUAAACGGCGAGUAUCGCGGGCGCGGCGCGAGUCGAGGAGGAGGGCUGGUCCGUUGCAGCAGACGAUCUGCGUCGUCGUCUGUACGUACGUACAUACAUACAUACGUUACCUGAGGCGAGCGGCCCACCACACCCAGCGAGCUAGCGAGCGAGUUUCCGAACGAGCCAACGAGGGUCGAGCCGUGCGGAGUGGCGCGGAGUGCGGAGGUGGAGGCGAAGGAGAAAGAGGGAAAGAUAAAGAGUGA